AUGCUGCUCAGCCUAAGCCAUCUUUCGGUUCUCGCAAACGGCGAGGACGCUACACACAUAUCAUUCGACAGUACUGUCAAAGCCUGUUCGGCCACCGUGACCCAACAAGCAAUGACCAUCUUUUGCCACUGGGUUGAAAAGAAUGAGAACACCCAAAACCUCACAUUCUACUCCUAUCCUCUGGAAUCUGUCGCUUUCUGUGGCAUCUCAUAUAAGGAUUGGAAUCGCGCUGCCAUGUACCUACAAAAUUCUAUCUCCUUUACAGUGCAAAAGACUCUCAGUCAAGUCAAGGAGGACUUGCCCAGAUACCAUGGGCGUAUACUCUGCCAGAGUGGAUCGAAAGAAGAGGAUGAGGUCCAGCCUCCGAAGACUCCAUAA